UAUGAAGAUGAGGCGGCCAUUGUUCAGAAGCUCAACCAGAUCUCCGUGACGGGUGCUACAUCGUCUGAAAAAGCGAAAAGUGAAGAUCGAAUAACCACUCCACUCAACUGUUUCUUUAUCGUUGUUUUAAUGUUGGUUGUUGUCGGCGCCAUCAUGCUCGGCUUCUAUUUUCGUCCGAUUAUGGGUAAUGGUUUCGUUGUAGUUUGA